CUCCUUCUGGGUAACAUCGGCUGUCCUGCACGUUGACAUUGGGGUAGUAACCUGACAGAAGAACACUUCUCAGCUGACUUCUCUAAGAGACAGGGCAGGAUGGGAGCGUCCAUGUCCACACCUGCUGCUCCUACAGUGAGGGCAGAGGCCAUGAUGGCUGCCCCUCCUCAGGGCUGCCCCAUGCACCAAGAGGCCAAGCCUGUGGCAGUGUCUCCACCUUCAGAGUGCCCCAUGCAUCAAGCUCAGCCUGCGAAGGCGUCUCCUCCGUCAGAGUGUCCGAUGCACAAAGCAGAAGCAGGUCCAGCCCACCAGGACCGGGCCUAUGAGUUUGUGGAGUGUCCCAUGAAAGCUGCAGCGGGCAUGAGUGACAUCGACCCUGCGAACAUGAUGCCUCCGCCCAACCAAAAGCCAGCUCCAGACCAGCCCUUCGACCUGUCAGUCUCCAGAGAGGAGUCCACCAUUCCCCGUCACGGCACAGAGAAGAACUGGGUUUACCCUUCUGAACAGAUGUUCUGGAACGCCAUGCUGAGGAAAGGGUGGCGCUGGCGUGACGACGACCUCGGCGCUGGUGACAUGACCAACAUCAUUAAAAUCCACAACAAGAACAACGAGCAGGCCUGGAAUGAGAUCCUGAAGUGGGAGGCCAUGCACGCAACUGAAUGUCCAUGUGGACCGACCCUGAAGAGGUUCGGUGGGAAAGCCAAGGAGUACUCGCCCAGGGCUCGCCUCCGCCACUGGAUGGGCUACGAGCUGCCUUUUGACCGCCACGACUGGAUCGUCGACCGCUGUGGGAAGGAGGUGCGCUACGUCAUCGACUACUACGACGGUGAAGUCGACAAGGACACCUACCAGUUCUCCAUCCUGGACGUGCGCCCCGCCUUUGACUCUUUAGACGCCGUCUGGGACCGCAUGAAGGUGGCCUGGUGGCGCUGGACGUCCUAAAGGACUCUGAUAGAUCUUUGCAGACUAAAGUGACAACACUGCAGAAAAAUCCACCCUCCAACACUCAUUCACUGAAAUGAUUCGAUGUCAACUUCUGACAGUCAGAUAUUUCAUAGUAUUUGUUACAAGGUGUCCUAGCACCCAGAGGAAUUAACAAAAGAAACCCCUAUUCUAUGUUUCCAUACAGUACAGAGGUUAUCCAAAUAAAAAAUAAGAUAUAAUCAGGACAUUAUUCAAAGUGAUGAUCCAGUUACGGACAGAGAAGCUACGCUACAGGAGAAGUCAGAACUUACUUACCAGCAACGUGUCUCUGAACGUCCUUUGGCCAUCACAUCCAUUAUUAUAUGCGACAUACAAUAUAGUAACCUGCUGUACUUUUUUAAUUACCAGAUCUAGUAUUUUUUAUUUUCUAGUAUUUUCAGUAAUGAAUUAUACCUCGUGACCCUUUGAACCUAGUGAUUCAAGCAAUUAAUGAUGAUGAUGAUGUUGUUUCCUUUGUCAAAACUUCAAUUAGCGGCCAAGUAUGUGUUUGGAGCUAGACCACGUCCUGGUUUUGGCUCAUGUUGUGUCAGGACACAGAGUACAGGUCCACACCAGCGCCAAAAAAGGCAGCGCAGAGUUCAUCUUAGAGGAACUUUGACACAUAAAGUCGUGCUGACCGAUUGCAAACCAUCUUGACAGUGGUGACCUUUGAGGAAAUGGAGCGCUGGAGCCAGAGGCCAUAAUGGAGGAGGCUACAGUAGCUUAUUGGCUGUGAUGCACCAUUCAUUGUUAUUUAAGAUAUUCUGUCGGAGAAUAAACUGCUGCUGUCGCUGGUUCCUGUCUUGAAUAAUCUGUGUAUUGUCCUGUUAGUGACGUAGCAUGAAGAGCUAUUGUGACUGAAACACUCUAGCAUUGUUCCUGGCUUGCGACAGUGUCAGCCGGCAGUCCACUAGCUGGGUUAGAUUGUUUGGUGUUUUCUUAGAUAAAAACUGAGAGUCAUUUAAAAGAUGAGUUUAUAAUAAUACAAGGGGUACCUUCUAUACCCCAGAGGUGACUUUUUAUUCAGCACCAUCGUCAGAUCAACACUUUUAUUUGUCCAACCGAUAUGGAAAAGUAAUAUAUGACAAACAGUAUAUGACCCUAAAUCAAGAAUGAUGUUGCCAUAUACGGUAUAUCUCCUAUAAAAGGAUAUAUUAUUAUCACAUAUAUGCAUCCUCUGGGUAUAU